AUGAGAAAUAAAGAAAAACUAUUCUACCAUGGACAGUUAGUCCUAAUUGCCAUUAUUUUUCAAAAUCAAACUAUCGUUUAUCCAAUCAUUGGUUCGGGUUAUUGCUCGGUCAGUACCCGUCACUAUAUGAGUAUCUCAAGAGUAGCGUACUGGAUUGUAUUGCCAGUGCUUGGCAAUUAUUUCCUUCAAGAAGGAAGACCUCAGUACCAGGCAAUGUUCGAUGAAGCAUGUGAAUGUAGUCCAACUGGACAUAUUACUACUGACCCUGAAGAUUUACUUGGUCGACGUUAUAGACGAGGAAACUCUGAAUCAGUUCGACAUCUUUCGAUACGAGUUCGUGUUGCGGAAGAGGAAGUUAAAAAAUAUCGAUUGCAAAAUGAGGCCCUGAAAAAAACUGUCACAGAAAUGGGCAAAGAAUUGUGUGCUAAGCAAUGUGAGAUGGAGGACUUACAGAAGAUGUUCGAACAGCAGGUUGAUGAUCUUCAGCAUCAGUUGUCGAAGAAGGAACGUGAGGAUAAACUAAGCAAAUUUGAAACUGUAAUGUCGCUUUUACAAGGUACUGCAGGUCCUCUGAAGACAUAUGAACCUCCGUUUUCAUUUCUUGAUGAGCCGAAACCGGAGACGGUAACUACAGAGGCACAAACAGACGAUUGGAUGGUGCGAUCCGUACAAAAGUCAGUUAAUGCAGUGGUUGCUGAAUCGAACGUAACUGCGAAACCUGUGGCUGAUAAUGAAAUUAUCGAUACUGAGAGAUGUGAAAGUUUGGCAGAAGAAAUAGCGAAGUUGGAGAAUGAAAAAUUUUUCCUGACUACGCAGCUAAAAUUGACUAGAAAUAAACUGGAGAACUUCGAGUUGCGAGAAGCGCAAAAAACGAGUUUGGAAAAUCGACUGGUAAUUCUGACUGAAAUGAAUGAAUGUCUGGUUAAGGAGAAUGAACGAAUUAAAGAAAUGGCUGCAUCAAAAAUGGCUGAAGACAGUGGCACGAUGAAAGAGAAACGUAGAAUUAUUGAUUUGACAUUAAAAUAUCAGGCGAAAUUAGAUGAGUUACAAAUGGAACUGAAUUGGAAAUCGCAGAAGUUGCAAGAGCAACUGCAAAUCAAUCAAAUUUUGUCAGCGAAUUUGAGAAAUUUGAAAGAGAAAUUAAAUGGCAAGGAUUGCAAGGAUGAAGGCAUAAUUCAAAAUGGUGCGGAAAUUUUAAAAAGAUAUGAGAAUGAAAUUGGCGAACUAAAGAAAAAACUUGCUCAAUACGACGGAUUGCCGGAUCCAUCUAUCAAAAUCUUGCAUAUGAGGAUGAAUCCUUUGCAUGUAGCUCAUCAGGAAUAUAAAGAAUUUCAAGCUAAUAAGAAACACAAAUUGAACGAAUCUUUGUCAUUUCUGAAUGAAAACAACGAUAAUUUGAUUGCUAUAUUACGGAAAAAACAACGUACCGAGAUGAUGAAACAAGUAGCAGACUUGCAAUUCCAGUUACAUAAAGUGGAAAAAGAAAAGGAAAGAGCUCUAAAAAUACAGAGUAAUUUGGUUAAAAAGUAUCGUGCUUUCGUGACUGCUCUUUCUGGACUACAAAUAAAAAUGAAAGAGGAUGAUUUGGUGCAGGUUGAAAGCAUUUUCGAUCCCGGAAAUUAUUUCAUUUUCAAGGUGCAUGAUUAUGGAAAAACAAUUAGUUUGUUGGAAACAGAUUAUGCGACGCAAUGGACAGCACAAAUUCGUGAAUAUUUGCAAGGGAGAAAUUCAACUCCCGCUUUUUUAGCAGCUAUUACCUUGAUACUUGAUGAACGAACCGAAAGCACAACUAAUGUGUCCUUUUAUCCGUCUGAUUAA